AUGAAGCUUAAAUGGAUGCUGUUAUGCUUGUCCUUGUUCGCUGCUGUCAUAGGUAUAAUAUUUUGUCGUCCUUAGUGCAUCUGUACAAAAAAGCAAUUUUGCGCCAAGGCGUCUCGCAACUUUCCGACCCACAUCGAUUUAUUUAAUAUUAUAUUGACGGUACCGUUUUGCAGGUGUUGUGCGCGCCCAAGACGAUAUCGACGUUGAUGAAGAGAUGAUCGUCAGCGAAGACCAAGUGAUGAUUGAGACAGAUGGUGAUGAGCCCAACAUAGAAGAGGUAGAACCAACCGAUGCCGAUACAUACUUAUUGUUCACGAAACCGGUGUUUGAGGAAAAAGCCAGCAUUGGUAAUUAUUGCAAUUUAUCUUCUCUGACCUCAAUGAAAUAGGUAUUCUGAUAGUUAACUUUAAUUCUCAAAAUUAUAUACAAUACUCGGACAUCAAUAAUUAAAGUGAUGGCAUCGAAGUUGAACCAAGAUGAACGAUUGGAUGCUACAUUAAAGAACCACAAAACUGAUUGUAUUUUAUUAUCUAUAGAUUUAUCAUUACAUACUAAUAAAAAGCUACUCAGUUAGAAUAUGGACAAUCUGCCAGUUCAAUUGCUAAUUAUGAAUUGAAAUUAAGAGGAUGUUAAAUCUGCAUUUACUGUUUCAGUCCAACUAUCUGGUAAUAUGUAGAAUAAGUAAAACUAGUUUAGUUUUGAUUUUAGAGUAAAAGUAUUUAUUAUGAAAUUUAUAGAAAACAUUAUUUUGGAAGGAAUAUCGUAGGGUUUUUGGUGUAUUCAAAAUAUACAGCUCGAUAUAAUAGAUACAAAAACUAUUUUUUUUUUUUUUUUUUUAAAUAAUUAACUUUUUUUUAAUCCAUAAUUCAAAAAUUCCCUCCCAAAUAUUGUUCUCUAUAAAUUUCAUAAUAGGUACUUUUACUCUAAAAUCAAAAUUAAGCUAAUUUUACUUAUUCUGUAUAAACAUUGUUUUUACAUGCUACCCAGUAGUUGGACUGGGACAGUAUAACGUCCUCGUAAGGGACAUAAAUUCCUUCAGAUUAAUUAAGAAACAAGUAGAUAAUGUGUUAUAUUUUACAAUAUUUUGUGUUGUUUAUUACUAGUAACAUAAUUUAUCAUAAUUCAUAUAUGUUCAUGAACAUAUAAUCUAUAUUUUAUGUUUCAUAUACUUUCACUAUUCAUAAUUAUUGUGGAUCAUAAUAUAAAACACAAACCCUCUAGUUCAUUAUUUAUCCUAUGUCUACCUAUCACAUUAUUAUCGAUCUAAGAUUUAUCCUUGUCUUUUGAACAAAUUUUUGAUUAUUUUUCACUUAUUUAUUUAUUUAUUUUUUUUAAAUUGGUUUAAGUAUACUAACACAUUAACUAUCAUUUAGGUAUUAUAUUAUAAAUCAUACUUUUAGGUAAUUUUAUUAAAACUGAUUGAAAAAAAAAAAAAAAUUACGCCUAUUAAAAAAAUUAUUAUUAAUUAUAAAAAUAUUCAUCAAAUAUUAAUACUUUACAAAAAAUUAAUUCAAGUACCUAAAUAAUAUUGAAUAAUGGGAUCUAGAAAUAAAUUCUAUUUGGUCUCUUUCAAUAAUUGGAUAAAGCUCAAACAGCUUAAAAAUCUGUGUUGAUAUGUUUUAGUAAAUAACAAAAUAAAUUAAAGUACUUUUAUAGACACAAAUCAACAUUUUGGAAACAAUUUUUCUUACAUUAUAUUUAAUAAAGUCUUAUAUUUUUUAUUAUUAGUUUUAAAUAAAUUAAUCAUUUAGUUUAAAAUAAUAUUAUCUUUUAUUAGAAUUGCCAGCUGGCCGCUUGUCUGAAUUCCUUGUUGGAUUCACCAAUAAAGGAUCUGAAGAUUUAGUUUUGGAGACUUUGGACGCUUCUCUUCGUUAUCCUAUGGAUUUCAAUUUCCAUAUUCAGAAUUUCAGCACCAUUACAAUUGAUAAAACCAUUCCACCAGGAUCACAAGCUACUCUUGGCUAUGCUUUUAUCCCAGCUGAUGCUUUUGCAGGACGGCCUUUUGGACUUAGCAUCAAUCUGGCUUAUAGAGACAAUGUAAGAUAUAAUUUUUAAUUACUUAAAAAAAAAAACAUGUUUCAUAUUUAUUAAUGUUCCUAGGAAGGCAAACAAGUGAUUAGUAAAUUAUACAACGAUACUGUAAACAUAAUAGAAGUAGAAGAAGGUUUGGAUGGUGAAACUUUGUUUUUAUAUUUACUUAUGGCUGCUGCUUGUGUUCUUCUAUUGGUCGGUGGUCAACAAUUUCUAUACUCAGUGGGUAAAAAACGUGUUGGUGGUGGUCUACCAAGUCGUGCUAGAUCUAAUUUGGAAACUGGAACAAAAAGUAGCAAACAAAUUGAUAUGGACUGGGUGCCAAAGAAUGUUAUUAAUCACCUAAGUAUGUUUACAAUUUAUUUAAUUAAGUAACAUUAAGGAUAUUUUUUACAUAAGUUUUGUUCAUACUAAUCUGGCAUACAAUAUUUUAUAAGUUACAAUCAAUCAAAUUCAAUGGUUUCAAUAAUUAAAUAGUAACAAAAAUUAUUAAUUUUAUAAACUAACAAUAUCCAUUGUAAUAAAAGAAAGUGUUUGUCUGUACAGAAUAUACUGCCGAUUCUAUCGGACACAGAGAUCUAAAAAUUUACAUAUAGAAACUCGAUUGUUCAUGAUUAAUGGGUUCAAUUUAAAAAUUUUGUUAAUUUAUUGAUUUCCUUGGUGAUAUGAAUGAAAUAAAAAUAAUUAUUGCCUAUUGCUUGGGAAAUAUUAAGAACCAGGAAGGCACAUUUUUUAAAAAUUUUUGAAUAUUGUACAUGAGCAACCCCCAUGACAUUAAGUUAAAAACAAUGUUGAAAACAUUAUCUUUCUAUAUUAUAUUUACCUAAGUGUUUGAUUAAACAAUUGUAAUAAUUAGGUCAAUAUUUUGAAAUUAAUCAUAAACUAAGAAAUAAUGUUUUGACAUCUGAUCUACAAAAUCAUCAAGUUUGGCAUCUGUAAAUGUAAAACAACUUGGUGCAAUUAAUUAAAUAUGUACCAACAUUUUGGUAACUAAACAACUUAAAUGUUCUAUCAAUUGUUUCUAAUUGUAUUACUUAUAGUAAUUAAUUUUAAUAUAUCAAAUAGACUUUUCAACUUUAAAAGCAAUAAAAAGAAAUAUUUAAUUUAAAUUCUUAUUUUUGUAGUAGGAAAUUUUAGAAUAAAAAUAUUGAUUAUCAUGUUUUUGUAUUACUUACAAUAUAAAAAUUAGAAAUAUUAUAACAAAUUUAUUUUUUUUGAAGACUACUACUUAAAUAAUAAUUAUUUAUGAGAAAAACUUAAUAAUAAUUUAAAAAAAAAUUUUUUUUUUUAGACAAACAAAAAGCACAAAGUCCAAAGCAAAAACGUGCAAAGAAGAUAGAAUAA